AUGCGUUCGUUGUUAUGUGGGAAAGUCAUCAAUAGAAACUUUUCAAUUCCUUCAUCUGCAGCAUCUUGUGGAGUUGGUCUUCUUCUUGGUAGGAAAUUGUUAACUACAACAAUACCUCAUCAAGUAAUAUUGUCAAAUUGUUCAUCUUGUUUGAAACAAGUAUCAUUGAUAAAUCCGAAUGAGAAUCAUCACAGACAAUUCUUUUUUAAAAAAUCAUCAAAUAGUAUCAUUCCGAAGGAUGGAGAAAAGGAGGAGGAUUAUAACAAAUUUACUUCUUCAUUCUAUGUGAAGGCUUUGGCUCCUUUGAUUGCUGCUUUAGUUUAUUGGUAUUUGAAGGAUUGGGAGAGUAAGAAGGUAAAGGUUGAUUUUGAUGCUUUGAAAAAGUAUUUGGAAACUUAUCAAGAUCAAAUUAGAGAACAGGCUUUCUUGGCUGCUCUCGAAUCACUUUCUCAUCAAGAACAUCGUGAAUUGAUGAAUGAUGUCAUUUCUCAAUCCUCAGAGAAUGGAAAAUAUUUGGUUGGUGUUUCGAAUUCAGAAAAUAUUAAUCAUUUUGAUUUGGAAAUUCAAGUUAUGAGUGAUAUGAAAACUUAUAAACCACACACUCUUGUGGAUGGACAGGUCAAGUAUGCUUUAUUUGGAGAAUUGUGGCACGUGGAAGAAAAGAAUCCAUCAACACUUCAAGCUUAUGGAAAGAAAUGUUUCGAUUCUAGAGAUAUUACUUUGAAUAUUCAUUGUCCUGUUAGAAUUUUGGCAAAGCCAGCAAAUGGAGCUGUCUUGGGUCAUUUGGGCGAUAAACCAUUGUGCUAUUUGGUUGCUAAUAUUCAAAUGAAAUGUGUUGAAAAGGAUUUUAUACCAGCCAAGAGGCCAGAGUUGACCAUUUCAAAAAUUUCUAUUGCUCCAAUUACAUCACACUUUUCAACAAUACUGGUUUGA